AUGGCGACUCCAAGCGACAGCGGUUUUCUCAUGUCGGAUGCCUCACGGGCAGCGACCACCCCGAGACCAAGACAAGGCCAGCGAGGCUCAUCGGCACGCCCGCGGGGCCCUCCUUCGGAAAGCCUGGGUGCUCCAAGUGACGAUGAGGCCGAAGGCUUCGCAGACGACCAGAUCCCCGGCCGCAGGAGGCGGGGUGACAACUCAAACAUUCCCCGCGUAGAGGACAGGAUCGGUAUCACGGUCCAGGAACACUUUGAGAACUUUAUCGAGGAGUUCAUCGAAGCUCCCUCAUCCUCGGCUGCACCGACUUCGAGCGCCGUAACAACAGACAAAUACUAUGUCGCCCAGAUUCACGGCAUGCGUGUCUACCAACUCUCCACCUUCUACGUCAACUACGACCACAUCGCGACAUAUCAAAAUGGAGGCUUGGCCAACGCCAUCAACAGUCAAUACUACCGAUUUCUGCCAUACCUGACAAAUGGACUGCACAACAUGAUUGCCAAGUAUGAGCCUCAGUACUUCCGAGAACAUCGCCAACCCACAGCUUCGAGCAGCAUGACCACAUCGGGGGCCAGUCAAGCUGGUUCUGCCAGCCAAUCCGAGCUGCAGGGCAGCAAAACUGCCAACCAGCAGACGGAUAAGCUCUUCGCCAUUGCCUUCUACAACCUCCCGCUCGUCUCGAGAGUGCGCAGCCUGCGCGCGAAGAACGUCGGCCAAUUGCUCUCAAUCUCGGGCACUGUCACAAGAACCUCUGAAGUUCGCCCAGAACUGUCGCUGGCGACCUUUAUUUGCGAGGCUUGUAAGAACGUAAUCCCAAACGUCGAGCAGACCUUCCGCUACACGGAGCCCACCCAGUGUCCCAACGCCGAGUGCGGCAACCGACUCGCGUGGCAACUCGACAUCAAGCACUCCACCUUCGUCGAUUGGCAAAAAGUCCGGAUACAGGAGAACAGCAGUGAGAUCCCGACAGGCAGCAUGCCCCGGACAAUGGAUGUCAUUAUGCGUGGUGAGAUGGUUGAGCGAGCCAAGGCUGGUGAGCGCUGCAUCUUUACUGGUGCCCUGAUUGUGGUGCCAGACGUGAGCCAGCUGGGUCUGCCUGGAGUGCGACCUACAGCUGUACGGGACGAGAGGCCAAACGGUCGCGGAAACGAUGCUGGAGGCAAUGGUGUUUCUGGUCUCAAGGCCCUGGGUGUGCGCGAUCUGACCUACCGUAUGGCAUUCUUGGCUAGCAUGGUCACUCCAGACACAUCCACCCCAGGCCAGAGCGCUACUCGCCAGGUCAACGACAUCAUCAACCAGCUCACCUCUGCUUCUGCAGAAUCUGCCGACUCUGCGGAGGAGGCUCAAGCUGCGGUCCUCAACUCAAUGACGCCGAGUGAGAUUGAAGAGCUGCGAGACAUGGUUCACAGCGAUCACAUCUAUGCACGUCUUGUCAAGUCUAUUGCGCCAAUGGUGUAUGGUCACGAGAUUGUAAAGAAGGGUAUCCUGUUGCAACUCAUGUCUGGUGUUUCAAAGACGACUGCCGAGGGCAUGGCGCUCAGAGGUGACAUCAACAUCUGUGUCGUUGGCGACCCCUCAACUUCCAAGUCACAAUUCCUCAAGUAUGUCUGCUCGUUCGCGCCAAGAGCUGUGUACACAUCCGGAAAGGCUUCUUCCGCCGCUGGUUUAACGGCAGCCGUUGUGAAGGACGAGGAGACGGGCGAGUUCACCAUUGAGGCUGGUGCCCUCAUGCUAGCUGACAAUGGCAUCUGUGCUAUCGACGAGUUCGACAAGAUGGACCUUGCGGACCAAGUCGCCAUUCACGAGGCUAUGGAACAGCAGACUAUUUCUAUUGCCAAGGCUGGUAUUCAAGCCACCUUGAACGCCCGCACCUCUAUCCUUGCCGCUGCCAACCCUGUCGGUGGCCGGUACAACCGCAAGACAACCCUGCGGUCAAACAUCAACAUGUCCGCGCCUAUCAUGUCGCGUUUUGAUCUGUUCUUCGUCGUCCUGGACGAGUGCAACGAGGCUGUAGACCGUCAUCUUGCGGAACACAUUGUUAGCAUCCACGCCCUCCGGGAUAACGCUAUCGAACCAGAGUUCAGCACAGAGUGCUUGCAGCGGUAUAUCCGGUUCGCGAGGACGUUCCGGCCUGAGUUCACAUCGGAAGCCAAGGAGCACCUCGUAAAGAGGUACAAGCAGCUCCGUGCCGACGAUGCUCAGGGUGGAGUAGGUAAGAACAGUUACCGUAUCACAGUACGUCAGCUCGAAUCUCUGAUUCGCUUGUCCGAGGCCAUUGCCAAGGCGAAUUGUGUCGAGGACAUCUCGCCAUCUUUUGUGGACGAAGCAUUCGACUUGCUCCGGCAGAGUAUCAUCUCAGUCGAGCACGACGACAUUGACAUGGACGAGUACGAUGAUGUCGCCGAGGACUCUGCCGCGCUUAUCGCUGCUGCUGACGCUGCCUCCGGCGCGGACGCCGAGGGCGACGCGGCCAUGGCCGAAGCCAGCGCUGAUGCAGGCGAAAACGGUGGCGCCGCCGGGAAGAAGAAGAAGACGGCCAUCACGUACGAAAAGUACAUCAGUAUGGUCAAUCUGUUUGUGUCAAGACUUCGCGAAGACGAAGCGUCAGGAGCUGGCGAAGGCGUGGGAGGCGAGGAGCUUGCACAGUGGUACCUCGAGCAGCAAGAAGACGAACUGGAUGGCGAGGAGGCGUAUCACCAGGAGUUGGCCGUUGCCAAGAUGGUACUAAAGAAGAUGGUCAAGGAUCACAUCCUCAUGGCCGUGCAAGACGAGUCCACGACAACGGCAAGCAACGCCAACGGCACAGGAGGCCCGACGCUGCAGAAUGUGACCUAUGUCAUCCACCCCAACUGUGCGGUGGAGGAGGUAUGA